UGUGUCGUCAUUAAAACCUCAGUCUUUGUCGAUUCUGCUCAUUCCGCUGUGUGGUACCGACCGUUGACGAGCCUCCGUGUCGACUACUUCUCCCGGGAUUUCUCGACAUCUCUCUGCACCAGGAUAAGCCAUGCCAUCAGUUCCCUCCUCUAAAGAGCCUACCGUCAUGGCUCCUGUGUGUCCCCACGCCGCCAAACUGCUCAACCACACCAACGGCGACUCCAAACUCCGUGAGGGCUCGUUGCCGGUGAAAGGUGUUGAGAACAUGCCCGCAGAGGGUGACGCAGAGGAGUCGGAGGGAUCCAUUCAGAUCCACGCAAAGGACGCCUCCCCUGAGAGGAAAUGGAUCCGGCCCGACCUUCCCAGUCGCUGCACUUGGAGACUGGGAGCAUCGAAAGCCGACUCUCCUCAUACACAAAUUCGGAGAGAAACUACCCCAGCCAUUCUCCCAAACAUCCUGCACAGGAUCGGUGACACUCCUUUGGUGCGCAUCAAUAAAAUCCCCAAAGCAUUUGGACUUCGAUGUGAAUUGCUGGCCAAGUGCGAGUACUUCAACGCCGGUGGCAGUGUUAAGGACAGGAUCAGCCUGCGGAUGGUGGAGGACGCUGAGAGAGCUGGCCUCCUCAAACCUGGAGACACCAUCAUAGAGCCCACGUCUGGAAACACAGGUAUUGGACUGGCCCUGGCUGCAGCAGUGAAAGGUUACCGCUGCAUAAUCGUUAUGCCCGAGAAAAUGAGCAUGGAGAAGGUGGAUGUCUUGAGAGCCCUCGGAGCCGAGAUCGUCCGUACUCCCACCAGCGCUCGCUUUGAUUCCCCAGAGUCUCACGUCGGUGUUGCCUGGCGCCUCAAGAACGAGAUCCCUAACUCCCACAUCCUGGACCAGUACCGCAACCCGAGCAACCCACUGGCUCACUACGACACCACUGCCGAAGAAAUCCUGGAGCAGUGCGAUGGUAAAGUGGACAUGUUAGUAGCAGGAGCAGGCACAGGGGGCACGAUCACAGGUAUCGCCCGCAAGCUGAAGGAAAGGUGCCCCAACAUCAAAAUUGUUGGGGUUGACCCAGAAGGCUCCAUCCUGGCUGAGCCAGAAGAGCUUAACAAGACUGAAAAGACCCAGUACGAGGUCGAGGGCAUUGGGUACGACUUCAUCCCCACUGUGCUCGACAGAUCAGUGAUUGACUCGUGGCAAAAAGUCAAUGAUGAGGAAUCCUUCGACAUGUCUCGCAUGCUGAUUCGAGAUGAGGGGCUGCUGUGCGGAGGCAGCUCUGGAACAGCCAUGGCGGCAGCGGUGAAGGUUGCGAAAGAGCUGAAGGAGGGCCAGCGCUGUGUGGUCCUCCUGCCCGACUCCGUCCGUAACUACAUGUCCAAGUUCCUGAGUGACAAGUGGAUGGUGGACAAGGGUUUCCUGAGGGAGGAGGACCUCAUGGUGAAGAAACCAUGGUGGUGGAACCUGAAGCUGCAGGGUUUGAACCUGUCGGCCCCGCUCACUCUCCUGCCCACAAUCACCUGUCAGAAGACGAUCAAAAUCCUCAAGGAGAAAGGCUUCGACCAGGCACCAGUAGUGGAUGAGUCUGGGUUAAUUCUUGGUAUGGUGACAUUGGGGAACGUGUUGGCUUCGAUUCUGGCAGGGAAGAUCAAGCUGUCGGACCCGGUCAGCAAGGUGCUCUACAAGCAGUUCAAACAGAUCCGCCUGACUGAUAAUUUAGGGAAGCUCUCCCGCAUUCUGGAAACUGACCAUUUUGCCCUGGUGGUGCACGAACAGAUCCAAUACCUGACAGACGGCUCUCCCAGUCUGAAGAAGAUGGUUUUCGGCGUGGUGACGGCCGUUGACCUCCUCAACUUCGUCACAGUGCGGGAAAGGAGAGAGCGAUCCAUGUCAGAAUCCUUUGAUGAUAUGUGAUCGUUAGAUAAAGAACACACACUUGCGUCCUCUUUUCAAUAUCACAAAACGCAUGACUGAUUUAUUUUAGAAGAUGACAAAAUGAGUCCUGUUAACUUUCUGAUUUACAAGGAUUGUUUUGGUUUGUUUUUUUUAACCAUAGAAACUAGUCUUACAUGAAUAAGAAACCAUAUGCAUACAGUCAUUUUGUGAUAUUACUUAUUUGAGGCGUUUCAACUUGAGUUCUUAUUUUAUCUGCCUGUAGUGCACAAAUCAAUAUUCUGUAAAUGUGUAAUUUGUUGGAGGAUUUUGUUUUGUAUCGGGGUCUUCAAACUAGAACCCUUUGUCUGUUUACAUGUUUCUCUGUGGCCUUGUUUACCAAUCAAACAUUAGAAACUACAGUU